UCUUUAGCUGCAAAGUUGAUCAGUCUUUAACUUUUGGAAGGAUCAACUGAGACCUCUGAAAUGCUAGGUUGCCCUGGUGGAUGGGGUUCCAGAGUUUAGGUCCCUUUGCAGUUAUUUUUAUUGAUUUCAGAGAGGAAGGCAGAGGGAGAGAGAGAUAGAAACAUCAAUGAUGAGAGAGAAUCGAUCUAUCUCCCGCACACCCCCCUACUGGGGAUUGAGCCCACAACUCAGGAAUGUGCACUUGACUGAAAUCGACCCUUCAGUCCACAGGCUGUGGCUCUAUCCACUGAGCCAAACCAUCUAGGGCGACCCAUGGCCUAUUUAAAACCUCUGCAGUAGGCUGAGCAGGGGCCUUACCAUGAUGGUGUUACCUGAUAAUGAGGAUGGCUCUCCUCAUGUUGGGGUAAUCGGAACUGCAGCAAAGUAAAGACACACCCAUGGAGCCUGCAAAGGGUUUCCAUGCACACGAUGCAAUUUACUUCCUGUGGCAGCUGAAGAGGGUGAGCAGAGUCUUGGAAGGACAUGAGGGCUCCAAAACCAGGGGCUGGAGGGAAAGUGUGCCCCGAGCAUUCCUCGCUGUUGAUAUGUCACACCUCUCCCCAGAGGAGCAAUGGAGGGUCGAGCAUGCACGCAUGCAUGCCAAACACCGUGGUCACGAAGCCAUGCAUGCCGAAAUGGUCCUCAUCCUCAUCGCUACCUUGGUGGUGGCCCAGCUGCUCCUGGUGCAGUGGAAGCAGAGGCAUCCUCGCUCCUACAAUAUGGUGACCCUCUUUCAGAUGUGGGUUGUUCCCCUCUAUUUCACAGUGAAGCUGCACUGGUGGAGGUUCCUAGUGAUCUGGAUCUUCUUCUCUGCUGUCACAGCCUUUGUCACCUUCCGAGCCACCCGAAAGCCACUAGUGCAGACAACCCCAAGGUUGGUUUAUAAGUGGUUCCUGCUGAUCUAUAAAAUUAGCUAUGCCACUGGUAUCGUUGGCUACAUGGCUGUCAUGUUUACCCUUUUCGGUCUUAAUUUAUUAUUCAAGAUCAAACCAGAAGAUGCCAUGGACUUUGGCAUUUCUCUCCUCUUCUAUGGCCUCUACUAUGGUGUUCUUGAGCGGGACUUUGCAGAAAUGUGUGCAGACUACAUGGCGUCUACCAUAGGGUUCUACAGCGAGUCAGGCAUGCCUACCAAACACCUCUCGGACAGCAUGUGUGCCGUGUGUGGGCAGCAGAUCUUUGUGGAUGUCAGUGAAGAGGGCAUCAUCGAGAACACGUACAGGCUGUCUUGCAAUCAUGUUUUCCACGAGUUCUGCAUUCGCGGCUGGUGCAUUGUGGGAAAGAAACAGACGUGUCCCUACUGCAAAGAGAAGGUAGACCUCAAGAGGAUGUUCAGCAACCCCUGGGAGAGGCCCCACGUCAUGUACGGGCAACUGCUGGAUUGGCUUCGCUAUUUGGUAGCCUGGCAGCCUGUCAUCAUUGGCCUGGUACAAGGCAUCAACUACAUCCUGGGCCUCGAGUAAUCAGGCAGAAGAGCAUCCACCCACCAUGGACCUCAGGGCACACUCCUCCCUGCCCUUCAAGACCUCCUGGGUGGGAAAGACUCAAAGGGGCACUUGGGCCACUCAGGACCCUCCUGGCUGUGUCCGGGCAGGGGAGGGACAUGAUGGCGAGCUAGCCAGUGGGCUGUCAGCAGUGGGGGCUUUUUAAAAGAAAACUAUUUUGAUGAAUAUAUUUAAAAACCUUUUUUAUUGUGGAGCAUAGGAACUGCCCCAACUCCUGCAGGCCUUAUCCUCCUGCUUGAGCAGGGCGGGAGCAGAGCCACAACCUUUCUGGUUUAAAGGAGCCUCCUCACCUCUGGCUGAGAGCCUCAGCCCACCCAUCUCCUUCCCUCGAAGGGGCUCAAGCCUGGCACGCUCAGCGUGGAAGAGCUAAAGCCCUCCCACUGUUGCCACAGAGGAGCACUGUGUGGUGAGGUAUCUUCUACCUUCCCCUGUCCAGGAGCCAUAGGCUGGUUGAGGCAAGUGGAAUCUUGUGACUUUUCCAGUGAGGGAAGCCUUGGGACCUCAGAAUGCCUUGAGGAUUUGUUUGGGGGCAGGAGCAGUUUGGGUGACCUGCCCGGAGCAACCCUGCACUCAGCCAGAACGGAGGCCAUGGGAGCUGCAAUGAUUGAGGGCUCCUUGUGCCCGGAAGUGGCAGUAUAUACCACAGGCCAUUCAGCCACAUCACUUCCUUCCCGGAAAGCCUGUGUGAAUGUGUGCGUGCGUCUGAGUGGAUGCGGCAGAGGGAUUGUGACAGACAUGAGACUUUGUUCCCUUGAAGCUGGCAGGGGAUUCCCAGCCAGAGAAGGUCCCUGCGUCAGCUUUGUUGUUCAUGGGUCCUCUCGUGGAAGUUGGCGGGGUUGGGUAGUAGGCGGGGGAGGCCCAGGUGAGUAUGGCUUCUGCAAAGGGAUUCCAGGGAGGCCCAGCCCUGGUCCUAGUUGUGAGGACGUGGGAGGGUAAACAUGGGGCUCCUAGGAAAUACGGCCCAUCUGGGCCUACCCCUUCAAGGGCAGCAAGAACCAAGAAGGAUCUUGUCACUCCAUUCUGAAUAAAGCUCCAUGAGCUGGGUUGGAAAGCUGAA